UAGAAUCAUUCCCUCUCCUUUUUCAUCCCUUAUAUAUGACUAUGAGUUAUGAUGGCCCCAAUUAAGUAUCUUAGUUACGCAUGAAUAUAUAUGUGGUUUUAUUCAGGAAAUAAGAAAGUCUCAACUACUGAACUACCAUAUAUUUCAAUUUCAAAAGUUAUCAUCUAUAGGGGUUGAUUUUUGUUAUUUCUCCGUAUUUAUUCAUAUAAUUAACGCUUAUAUUUGUACUACUACUACUACUCCUCUAGAGUUGUAAGAGCUAAAUGCCACUACCUGAAAUUCACUUAUGAUUGUAAAGCUUUAUUAAUUUGCAUAUAUAUAUAUAUAUACACUUUAAUUUGGCUGAUUGAGUAGGUUUCUGAUGAAAUAUGAAACUUCGGUUCAGUGUUUAAUUUUUUUUUCUUCUUUCCUUUUUCAUUAUAUUAAAAUUCCAUAUUACAACUAACAAAUAGUUGUAGAAGCUAAGCAGCAACAUCUUCUUAUAAAGUUCUUUAGCUAGUUGUAGUAUAUAUCAUUACUUACUUUUUGUUGUUGAUUGGUGAAUCAUGGCUGGAAUUAAGAAAGGACAAAAGAAUAUUCAAAUGGCAAGAUGUUGGUGGAGAAUUAUUCUAAAAGAUAUAAUAAAAGGAUUGAAGAAGCUGACAGACGAAGGGGAGAGCAGGCAAUGGAUGGAGGACAUAAGAGGGAACCUGGCUAUGGUAGCCACCGUGAUUGCAACCGUAACCUUCCAAACGGGACUGAAUCCACCCGGCGGCGUUGUCCAGAACGGUGACCACGGGAAUGUAAGUUGUUCAAAGAUGGUUAAAUCAGGAGGAGGCAAUUAUCAAUGCCCCGGAAUAUCCGUUAUUGCAGGAGGUGAAAGAGGAUUUCAAUUCAGCGUAUUCGUGACCUUCAACAACCUGUCUUUUGCUUCGUCUCUGUUGGCAUGUUUCUUUUUAGUGAGCGGGGUUCCUCUGCGUAAGCCACUCGCCAUCUUGCUCAUGGCGGUCGACAUGUGCUUCUCUCUUGGUGCCCUUGGAAUAGCCUACUGCGUCGGUGUUUUCAUGACCGAACCGCAAAAUGUCAGCUUCGUCAGGCAUUUGUCCAUCAUGAUAUCCGUCAUUACCUUCUUUGCAAUUGUGGUUUUCUAUCUUCUUUUUCGCCUUUUAAUUACCUUCAAAGAGUUCUUGAAAGGAAAUCAAAUCAUUCAUGCUGCCCCUUCAUCAGCUAUUGCUCCAAGUCUAGAACUAAUCUGAAAUCCGUAGUACUACAUAGUAACAUAAAAAUUCAAUUUUUAGUUAUUUUGGUGUUUCAUUCCUGAUCUUUUGUGUCCUAAUUUAAUUUGUAUAUAUUGAUUCGUAUUCGUAUUUUAUUUAGUGGAAUUAUAUAAUGGUUUAUUUUCAACA